GUUACUAGGUAAUGUACCUGAGGCAAUCCGCAAGCUUCGACAACGAUCCAACUAUUUCCCAACUCCAACCCCCGGCAAGAUCGCAUAACCUUGACACAAGACGCUAUCGUCAAGUCAACGCGACAAGUUCGCUGCGAGGUCGCAAAGAUGAAUAACGAGCAAUUUCGUCGCCUCGUCGCUGCGAACACCCCCAAACCCUCCAACGACACCAAUGGCUCUCCAAGCGCAGCCGCUUCCCGGGCAGUGUCGCUCGGAUCUAGACAGAGGUCUAGCAUUCCGAUGACACCACGCUCAGUGACCAGUCUCCAUCAAUCCGAUUUUGCGCGACAACUAGCCGAACGGAAUCGAGAAGACAAGGAACAACCACAGUCUAAGAAGUACAAAUCCUACGCCCCGAAGGGCAGUAAGCUAGCAGAGGGCUACGUGGACCGUGCGCAGAGCAGAGUCUCAGAAGAAGAGGAUGAACGAGCCGCUAGGAUAAAGGCACUAGAGGAGUCCCUCAAAAAAGAAGAGAUCGAUCGGGAGACCUUCGAUAGGCUUCAAAGCCAGAUUGCCGGCGGCGACUUGUCAAGUACCCACCUCGUGAAGGGCCUGGACUUCAAGCUGCUCGAGCGAAUCCGAAAGGGCGAAGAUGUCUACGACGAGAGUGGGAAGUCGAAGGAGGACAUAUCCGAGCCGGAAGACGACAUCGACGGCGAGUUCGACCGGUUAGAGGAGAAAGAAGUCGAUGCGGUCGCGAGAGAGAAAGCGGCGAAGAAGGGGCAGCUCUCGACCGCGCCUCUGAAUCCAUCCAAGAAGCGAACGAGAGAUCAAAUCCUAGCCGAGAUGAAAGCAGCGAGAGAGGCCGCAAAAGUUAAAGAGGAUACCGGUUUAGGGUCUAGGUUCAAAAAGAUUGGCGCGAAGGCCCCCACAACAAGGAUUGAGCGAGACGGUAAGGGUAGAGAGGUGUUAAUCAUUGUAGACGAGAACGGCCACGAGAAGCGUAAAGUGCGGAAGAUAGAGCCGACAGCGGAGGAGACAUCAGCGAAGGCGAAGAGGGAUUUAAUGAUGCCGGAUAAGGAUGCCAAGCCCCUUGGUAUGGAAAUCCCAGAACCUUACAGAAGAAAGGCAGCGGAGCCAGAAGACGAGGACGUCAAUAUAUUCGAUGAUGUUGGCGACGACUACGACCCUCUUGCGGAUCUAGAUGAGGAGGUGUCCGACGACGACGAAGACUCCACCCGGAAAGUGGGACCAUCUGAUGCUACGAAGGAGGACAAAGUUGCCAUGCCCCCUCCACCUCGACCAGCUACUACGGCAGAGCCACGGAACUACUUCAAAGACUCGAAGACGGCGCUCGUAUCAUCGGAAUCACUUAAAGCUCCCUCGAUGUCCGACCCGGCAAUACAGGCUGCCCUCAAGAAAGCGGCGUCUCUCAACCCCAUAUCUAAACUCACGGAGGAGGAGGAUGAGGCGGCUAAAGCCAAGGCAGAGCGCCUCAAGAAGAUGCUGCAGAACGACGACCGCGAUGCGGAGGAUAUGGACCUCGGGUUUGGCACUAGCCGCUUCGAAGAUGAAGAGGACUUUGAGGAGAGCAAGGUCAAACUAUCGGAAUGGGGAGGUGAGGACGGCGAUACCGACCGUGGGAGGGGAGGAGGAGGAGGCUCUAAGCGCAAGAGGGGCCCUAAGAAGAGAAAGGGAGACGUCAACAACGUGGCGGAUGUUCUACGCGUGGUGGAGAAGCGACGGGCGGCCGAAUGAUAGAAUACUGAAUAAUAAUUAUGAGUAAGAGGCAAUAGAAGAGGGACCUUUGCAUCGUGAAGUGUCAUACCCCAUUUGCCUAUAUCGUAGUCAAAUAGGGGGAGGGUGCGGUGUGAAUAGACCCGUAUAUAGGUACAAUUUCUCCCUGAUUUUCCCACCCGAAGUCCCACAGAGAUGUACAUACAUCCAUCGUUACACUAGGAGGUACCCGGCCAGCCUACCACCACAG